GCCAAAGUUAUGCGUGAGGAGGAAAUUAACUCGUACGCGCUGUAAAGAAACUUUUUCUGAUUAAAAUAAUAGGUUUUAUAAUAAUACAAACAUACACACUCCCAGACACAAACCGAUACAAAAUGCCAGAGGCAACGGUCAUGCAGUUAAUGGAGAUGGAUAUGGUACAAGGCAUGUACGAUACCUAUGUGUCAAUUAGCACCGAUCCGCCAGGCUAUUCGAUUCUCUUAGCACCCACGGCGGACGACCCUCCAGAGUUGAAGGUUACGGUGACUUACCCCACCGAAGAGUACCCGGAGUCCGCUCCUUGCAAUAUUGUUGUCGAGAACAUUUCAAAAAAACGGCGUAUUCAGACCGCUAACCUCACUAAGGAAAUUGAGGCUACUUGCAUUGAAAACAUAGGCGUUCAUGUGGUUGUGUUGGUGCUGCAGCAAAUCCAAAGUUUUCUCACGACCGAUGCGCAGGAGGCUGAGAAGGCCGAACUGAUCCGGCGUGGGGAAACAAUGAAUAAGAUUGCCACACAAAAUAAUAGUGUGAAGCAUGACCCUACAAUUACAGUAGGAACUGCCGUAACCAAGGAGCUUUUCGAAGAAUGGAGCUGCAAACAUCAUGCAGAGAAGGAGAUGUUAUACGCCGAAAGGUCAAAGGGGGAGCAAAAUAAUAGUAGCAAUAAUAAAGGCGUUGGUGCUGGUGGGGCUUCGGCGAAACUCACUGGUCGGCAGAUGUGGGAUUCAACAUUGAGAAACACCGAUUGGCAACUCUUUGGUGAUGCCGAGGAUGGCGAUGAGGAUGUGGACUUCGAGAUUUUUGAUUCGAUUAAUGAGGAUGACUUUGCCUUUGAUGAAGAUGAGGAGUCGUAAGACAUCGGUAUCGAUGAGACACGAACCUUUUCAUCUCUACAGUUUACGAGACAAAAGAAGCCAGAAUGUGCGCAUUCACAAAGUUUUGGAAGUUAAAUGCGUACUCUUCCUGUUAGUCAUGAGUAAAGGUAAACCAAA